UGCAAACAGAGAAGUCUGACUGUUACAGAAAUGUCGUCAAGAAUGCAAAAAGUCCUGUCCCGUCGUCCGAACAGGCAAACUGUGUAUCGAAGUCACGCCCGAGUCCAAAAUUGCCUACAUCUCUGAACGUUUGUGCAUCGGUUGCGGUAUCUGCCCGAAGAAAUGCCCGUUUGGUGCUAUCCACAUCAUCAACCUGCCAACCAACCUCGAGACUCAGGUCACUCAUCGAUACUCGGCAAACAGUUUCAAGUUGCACAGACUGCCUAUGCCCCGGCCGGGACAGGUUUUGGGUCUGGUCGGAACCAACGGUAUCGGAAAGAGUACGGCUUUGAAGAUUCUGAGUGGUAAACUGAAGCCCAACCUGGGAAGAUAUGACAAUCCACCGGAUUGGGAGGAGAUUCUGAAAUACUUCCGUGGCUCAGAAUUGCAAAACUACUUCACAAAGGUGCUGGAAGACAAUCUCAAAGCGAUUGUCAAGCCACAGUAUGUCGACCAGCUUCCUCGAGCUAUCAAGGGUCCGGUCAACACUGUGAAACCUCUGAUCGAGGCGAAGUCUGAAUUGGGCAAUCUGGAGCAUAUUAUGGAAGUGCUCGAAUUGAACCAGGUGAAAGAUCGAGAGGUCGCCCUUUUGUCCGGUGGAGAAUUGCAACGAUUCGCCAUUGCUCUCGUCUGUGUCCAGAACGCCGAUGUGUACAUGUUUGACGAACCCUCGUCGUAUCUCGAUGUCAAGCAACGUCUCAGUGCCGCCAAGACCAUUCGCGAGCUCCUUCGACCCGACGACUAUGUCAUCGUCGUCGAACACGAUUUGUCAGUCCUGGACUACCUCUCCGACUUCAUUUGUGUCUUGUAUGGAAGACCCGCCGUCUAUGGUGUUGUCACUCUCCCAGCCUCGGUUCGAGAAGGUAUCAACAUCUUCCUUGACGGCAACAUCCCCACCGAGAACUUGCGUUUCCGUGAGGAAAGCCUGACCUUCCGUAUCGCCGAAGCUGGUGACGAAUACUUGGUCGACAGAGCACGUGGAUUCGAGUACCCAUCUAUGGAGAAGACUCUCGGAGGUUUCCACCUGAAGAUCAAUACAGGUUCAUUCACCGACUCUGAGAUCAUCGUCAUGAUGGGCGAGAACGGAACCGGCAAGACCACCUUCUGUAAGAUGCUCGCUGGCAUUGAAAAGCCGGACGGCACUCAGAAGGUCCCUCAGAUGAACAUUUCCAUGAAGCCACAAAAGAUCACGCCCAAGUUCCAAGGCACGGUGCGUCAAUUGUUCUUCAAGCGAAUCAAGGCCUCCUUCUUGAGCCCUCAAUUCCAGACCGACGUCUACAAGCCACUCAAGCUCGACGACUUCAUCGACCAGGAAGUUCAGAACCUGUCAGGCGGUGAGUUGCAACGUGUUGCCAUCGUCCUUGCUCUCGGUAUCCCCGCAGACAUCUACCUCAUCGACGAGCCUUCGGCGUACCUGGACUCCGAGCAACGUAUUAUCGCCGCGCGCGUCAUUAAACGCUUCAUCAUGCACAGCAAGAAGACCGCUUUCAUCGUCGAGCACGAUUUCAUCAUGGCCACUUACCUCGCCGACCGAGUCAUCGUCUUCGACGGCCAGCCCUCUGUCGACGCCCGCGCCAACACCCCCGAGAGUCUGUUGACUGGAUGCAACAAGUUCCUGAAGAACCUGGACGUCACUUUCCGUCGGGACCCCAACUCCUACCGACCCCGUAUCAACAAGUACCAGUCCCAAAUGGACCAGGAGCAGAAGUUGGCCGGCAAAUACUUCUUCCUUGAGGAAGAAGCU